GCCAGCAUGUCGUUACAGUUAGGAAGACCCCCUCCCCCCCCAAACGCAUUCCUCCUUGCUUUAUGUAGCGUUUGAUUGGCCGUGACAGCAUGUCCGGGUGUAUAAAUAACAUAGGUGUGAAAAAGCUGGAAGAGAACACUUUCCAUCCCUCAGGAAACACUUCAUCUUCCGUGCAGUAAGAAGUCAAAAUGGAGCGUGGCGUCCUCGUGAUGAUCCUGCUCGCCGCUUGCUCGGCCGCUCCCGUCGAGCAGAGUCCAAACCAGGAGGUUGCCGCACACGCCCACGAGGCCCUGAGGUGGAUGGAGAUGUACAGGUUGUACCAGCAGCAGGGGAUGGUUGCCAACCCCUUUCUUCCUGCUGCAGCAGUUCCCGCUGAACCUGCCGCAGCAGAAACCGAAGCAGCGGUGGACGCGUCGCCGGCUCAGCUAGCCACUGACGCUCCCGCUCCUGCUGGUACUGCUCCUGCUCCAGCUCAGAUGGCUGGAGAAGCAUCAGAGGAAGAGACAGAAGAGGCCAACCCCGCCCCAAAAUCCGCUGCACCUCUAAACUCCGACGAGGGGGAGGAGGCGGAAGAAACAGAAGUAGCAGAAGAGGAGGAGGGAGCCGUGGCUGGGGUGCCCGCAGAUCCCGCAUCCGCCGUCCACGUGCCAGCCGAGGUCAACCAGGAUGCCGGGGUGGACGCCCCUGAAGCUGCUGCACCCCCUGCAGCACCUGUGCCAAAGUAAUGCUGCUUCUCAUUCGUUGGCGAUGUUAGAUAAAUGGAUUUCGUCCCCAAUGUGUAUCCUCUUUUAUUACAGCUAUUAAAUCAAACCAGAGCCAAUAAACGAGAGUUUUACAACUUUUUAUCUU